UAAGGAAGUUGCUGAGUUUUCGCGCGAAAACUCUGGGGUUUUUUUGUGAACCGGCAGACUUGUUACACAGAACUGAACACGUUUACAUACAAAACGGGGCCUGAGUGAUAGUUGUUUUUAAUUUUAAUUUUAAUUUAUUUUUUAAUUUUCCGACCUGAGGAAAGGAAAAAAUAUGAAGUAUUUCUCAAGACUUAGAGUCAGAAGAGUCUACAAGUGGCUUGGAGAACCAACUUUCAACAGGAAGUUAAAAACCUACGAAUACGGAUCUUUGGCCAUCAACGUGGACGGUCUCCCGAAGACUACGAUCAUUAACGUAGGUCAACACAUCCUCAUCGAAGGAGACGAUGAAGACCACCCGUAUGUGGCCAAGGUCAUCAGACUGUUUGCUGAUGAGAGCGGGAAGCGGAAGAAGGUGUGUGUUCAGUGGUUUGUUCGUGUGUCUGAAGUUCCUCUAAACAAACUGAAGCAGCUGGGCAGAGAACCCCACCCACAGGAGAUCUUCUUCUAUCAGGGCCGCAGCUGUGAUGACGAGGUCAACGCCGAGUCCAUCCUCAGACCAGUGCAGGUGGUUCAUGUGGAAGCUGAAGCUAAAUUUCCUGUCAUCAAAGAUGAAGACACUCUGUUUGUGAAGCUGUCCUGGGACUCCAAAACCUUCAAGGUUGUGGACUCCUCAUUAGUGGGUCCUGUGUUGUCUACUCCUCCUCUUCCCUGUCCUAAACUCUCCCUGCCCCCUUCACCUCCCUGCUCCCCAACCGCAGCAGCUCCACUGCCUCACCCCUCGUCUCGACGCGCGCUGCCAACGCCAGAUCCCCUUAUCAUGGCCCGUGCUUGUUCAGGAGAAGUGAGACGCAGCAGAGUCUGCAUGAGUGCAGGGAAGGUGGGCAGCUUGGAGGCCGAGUCCCUGCACUCGGCCACCAAACUGUCCGCCUCCAAAUGUCUGAGUGCCAAAAGGAGGAGUGCUUCAGCAAGAACGCCUGGAGUCCGCAAGAAACUGGAACUUAACAGUCCAGAGAAGACGACCCAGGGGGACAUCCAGGGCCAGCAGCUGGAUGAGAAGCUGGAUUCAGAAAUGAUGUUGGCUCAGAGGCUCUCGUCAUCUCCUCCACGGAUGGAGCCACUGCCCCACUGCCUUACCCCACUUAGAUCAGGCCACAGGGCCCUGGCCAGUCCUCUUUCUCACCGCCUCACCCCUCUGAGGAAGAGUCACAGAGUCGUAGAUGAUGAAGACAUUGUCCCCAUCAAGCCAUCCUCUGUGGUCCUCAGACAGCUCUCAGGCGUGCACAGUCCCCUGUCACCAAGCAGAGAGGACCCCGACAGCCCCCAGCAGGCUGACGUUGUGGAGGCAGAUGUACCAAACAGUUCAGUUUUAACACCCAAAAGAAGAAACUCCACGCCCAGGAGAAAUUCUACCACCAGAGGGCAGAAAGCUGCCACACCAUCACAGAAGAAAGAAGGGAGAACGUCGAGGGAACCGGCUCUGGCUGUUCUAGCUGAGGUGGACAAUGAAAACUCCCCAAUGCUGCCUGUUGCUGCCACACCAAGAAGUUCCAAAAGAAAAUCAGCUCAGUUGGUGUCUUUACGUAUCAGGAAGCAACUGAAUCUUCUAGACUGCCAGCUUUACCUGAACUCAGAUGGUGAGGACGAGGACGAGUUUGUUCCUUCAAAGAAGGAGCUCCGGAGCAGCAGUGAGGACGAGGAAGAGGAAGAUGAAGAGCUGGAUAGUGACGAAGACGUUGUGUCCAAGAAGAGGAGAAAUGCUGCAGGAUUACGUACUCCUCGCUCCAAACAGAAAAGUGGCAGCUCUGCCAGAACCCCCCGGAAAACACCCAACAAAAGGAUCACACCCAGCACACCAAGGACCCCCCGGCAUGCCACUCCCAGUAUUCCCAGCAGGUCGCUUCCUGCCCGCCAGCCCUCCAAUGCUCUGGAGGAGGCCAGAACCAGACUCCACGUUUCCUCUGUGCCGGAGUCACUCCCCUGCAGAGAGCAGGAGUUCCAGGACAUUUACAGCUUUGUGGAGAGCAAGGUCAUCGACGGAACUGGAGGGUGUAUGUACAUCUCAGGCGUUCCAGGAACAGGAAAAACGGCCACGGUGCACGAGGUCAUGCGCUGUCUACAGCACGCGGCCGAGGUAGAUGAGAUUCCGUCGUUCACCUUCAUUGAGAUCAAUGGGAUGAAGAUGACGGAUCCUCAUCAGGCCUACGUACAGAUCCUGCAGAAACUGACUGGUCAGAAAGCCACAGCCGACCAUGCUGCAGCUCUACUGGAGAAGAGGUUCAGUAACCCCGCGCCCAGGAAGGAGAGCACGGUGCUGCUGGUGGACGAAUUGGACCUGCUGUGGACACGAAAGCAGAAUGUGAUGUACAACUUGUUUGACUGGCCCACGCGGCGACACGCUCGCCUGGUGGUGCUCACCAUCGCCAACACCAUGGACCUGCCGGAGAGGAUCAUGAUCAACAGGGUGGCCAGUCGACUGGGUUUGACCAGGAUGUCGUUCCAACCGUACACCUUCAAACAGCUCCAGCAGAUCAUCAUGUCCAGGUUGAACAAAGUGAAGGCCUUCGAGGAGGACGCUCUGCAACUGGUGUCACGAAAGGUGGCUGCUCUAUCAGGCGACGCUCGCCGCUGUCUGGACAUCUGCCGUAGAGCCACAGAGAUCUGUGAACACUCUGCAGCUGCACCGUCUACAGCCCGCCUGGUGGGGAUGGGUCAUGUGAUGGAGGCACUCAAUGAGAUGUUUUCCUCCACCUACGUCACAGCUAUCAAGUAUGCCUCGGUUCAGGAGCAGCUGUUCCUCAGGGCCGUCAUCGCAGAGUUCCGUAGGCGGGGGCUGGAGGAGGCCACCUUCCAACAGGUGUUUGUGCAGCACCAGGCUCUGUGUCGGGUGGAGGGUCUGCAGCCCAUCAGUGUGUCGGAGGGUCUGGCUGUGUGUCAGCGUCUGGGAGCCUGCAGACUGCUGCUGCUGGAGUCCAGCCGUCUGGGAGUCCUGCUGCGGGUGCGCCUCAAUGUUAGCCAGGACGACGUUCUCUACGCCCUGAAGGCCGAGUGAAGACCUCGAUCUUGAUCUUGGGCCGUGAGCCAGCCACUGAAUUCUUGAGUUUUCUUAACUUGUACUUGAUGUUGUCUCAUUUUAUUGUAAAUGACGGAUUUCAAAUAAAGUUAUGUUGUCAAUGUAAAA